ACAACGAUAUCAUCUAUAUUCGUCAACAAUGGCUUCAUUAGUACAGCGUCGUAUGCUCUCAAAGGCGGAUGAGGAGGCAGCCGACGAGGUCGAGGUUCGACGUGAGGAUCAGGACAAGAUCAACCGGUUCAGCCGCCUACACCAGCGAGAACUUGUUUUGGGCGACGAAUUGAGCGCUAAGAACAAGGAGAAGGAAGAGCUCGACGACUUGUCUACAGAACUCGAACUCGCCGACGAGGACGAGAAGAUCCAGUACAAAAUUGGCGAUGCCUUUUUCCACGUUUCGGUAGAGCAGGCCCAGGAGAUGCUUGAGAAAGCAACGGAGACGCUCGAGGAAGAGUCCACAUCAUUGGAGGACAAGCUAUCGUCUAUCCGUGAGGAGAUGACAAAGCUCAAGGUCGAUUUAUAUGCCAGAUUCGGAAAGCAGAUCAACCUAGAGACUUGAGCAGAAAAAGAAAUCGAAGCCUGAUACCCCCUCAAAAUCAUCGACGUCAAGUCAGCACUCCCGGGAGAAUUCUUAUCCAUAAUGCAGCAAUCCCUCUGCACAUCAACACGCUUAGGAAACUCUAUUUGUAAUACGCCGUUUUGGGGAGCUUGCAGUCGGUGUGGGAAACCGAGUGUGCUUGUGUUAGCACGUUUGAAUGUCAACUGAAGGGCUCA